AUGGUCUCGCAGCCCGACCACUCCUCCACGUCCGGCUCUGGGGGCACCAUCACCGUGCGCGGCCCCAGCUCUGUCGUCGGCACCAGCUCCACCACCGGGGCGCGGCACCGAUCCUCUCGACGCCACCACUACAACAGGUCCUAUGCCGGUGGCACCUCCUACGUCCCACAGAACGAGUUCCCCUGGUUCUCCCACUCCGGUGAUGUCGAGAUCGUCGUCAAGGUCCCGUCUGGCCACGAGAACCGCUACCUGCUGCACCGGCACACCCUGACGAGGUGUAGCGGUUUCUUCGAGGCGAGCACCAGUGAGCCGUGGUCUAAGGCAGUGGAUGUGCCCGACCUGCCUGCACUGCCUGCACCGGGGCGAAAUGGCGCCGCGUCAGGAGGAGAACUGGCGAGGAUAGGCGAGGACAACGGUAGCGCCGAGAGGGGAAGCACUGUGUCGCGAGCGAACAUAGGCACACCGAGGAAGAGGUGGAGGUACGAGCUCGACUACGGGAAGGGAGGCGACGACAUACCCAUGCUGGUGCAGAAGGAGGAGAGCAGCAACAACAACAACACGUCUGCCGCGACGGGCCGCCUGAUGGGGCCGCCAACCACGUCCAUCUUCGGCGGGACCUCGAGCAGCAGCAGCGCCGUUGGCCGGACAAAACACUCCCACGGCCAGUCGUCCUCGCGCGACUUCUUUCGAUCCGUCGCGAAUCUCAGCCUUCCCUCGCCCACGCACAACCAAUAUCCGUUACCGACGAAUACCUCCUCGAACCUGCCGCCGCCGCCACCCGACGACCAAGACACCCUCCGCGACUAUGACAACCUCUUCCGCAUAAUGUACAAUUUCUCGCCCGUCCUCGAUGGGAUAAAUAUUGCCGAUGCAUACGUCCAAUGCAAAUCGCUGCUCACCAUAGCCGACCAGUACGAUGCGCUAUCCGUUGUCGGGCCAAGGGUAGAUCACCACCUAUUACAGUUCCAGAGCCGGCUGUGGAAACAAAUCGCCAAAUACCCCAUCAGCUACCUUCGGCUGGGGCAUCUGGCAAGAAGCAAGAUUAUCUUUCAGGAGGCUCUAAUCCACGUUGUCGGCCAGUGGCCUGCCGGGGAGCGCAGCCUGAGGAACACCUUACCCGAGUCAGUCCUGGAUAUUAUCGAGGACAAGGUCGACGAGCUGGAAGAAACCGUCGCCAGGGUUGAGGGCCGCCUUUUCAGACUCAAUCUGACCACGAGGUCUGGGGAACGAGUGACGCCCGCGACGGGCUACCUUGACUGGUUAGCCGUUAGUUUCUUCAGGCAAUGGCUGGCAGACAACACCACGCCCGGGCCAGUCACACCACCGCCCCAAAGCUACCGGAGAGCGAUAGCACAAAACGGCGGAGGGCGGACGCGCAACAACUCAGGACCUAACAGCAACGGCAACACAGCACUCAUCCCCGCGUCAGCCGUGCAGCCGGUGAUCCCCCUAGUGCCGCCGCUGGCCUCGCUAGGCCGCACGUAUCGCACGCUGGGCGGCAUGACGGGGGCCAGCGCGCCGGGCUACCUGACGCACGACGAGUGCAAGCGCUUCCUCAAGCUGACGCCCGAGAUGUACAGCCGCGACAACCUGCGGCGGUUCGAGAAGCGCGUGGACGAGCUCAAGGCGAUGGCGCGCGAGGUCGUCCGGCCGCUGAUGGGCAGCGGCCUCGAGCUCGACUUGGGCGGCGGCAGCCGCGCCGCCGAGGGCAUCGGGUACCUCACCUGCACGCGGGUCAGCGACCGGGAUCUGCCGUGGGCUGUUGAUGAUUGA